AUGCAACCGUUGCAUCCACCAGGAGCGCACGCUGCUCAGCCCGCUAUCAUACCUGUCCAAGAGGCCGUGGAGCACCCUCACAACGCAAACACCAGCCGCGCUGAUGUCGUGGAACUUGUGCCGAACAUGGGCAACGGCGCUGACACGUCUAACACCGGCGACGUCAAUGCCAGCAAACACGACCAGUGCCGUGACCGAUGCGAUGACCGCCGUGAUGGAUGCCGUGACGGACACAACGGACAUAGUGAGGGACACGACGGACACGGCGACGGACACGACGGAUGCGGCAGCGGACGCGACGGAUGUGACAGUGGACGCGAUGGAUGCGGUGACGAACACGACGGACGUGAUGGAUACGGCGGCGGACGCGACGGAUGCAGCGGCGGACGCAAUGGACGUGGCGACGAACGUGAUGGGCACCACGAUGGACGCGAUGGGUGCAGUGACGAACACAACGGACGUGGCGACAAAUGCAAUGGGCACCACGACGGAUGUGAUGGGCGCGGUGACGGACGCGAUGGAUGCGCAACGACCUCCAAUGCAUACUCGGUGCCAUCUGACAAAUCACAGACGGCUAUGGCACCAAGCCCGGCGCUGACCAACAUCUCCAACCUGCAUCAAGAGCAGGCUCCCUGCGCGGAUGUCCCCGCGCAACCUGCGAAAUCCAAGCAACGUCGCAAGCCCACAGAAACCAACGACGCAGACUUGCAGAAGAAGGGGACAAGAACACCCGCAAGGGUGCCAAAGACACCCAGCAAGACCACGGUGAAGACCGAGACGAAGAUGCCUGUGAAGGCAGCACCGAAGGGCCUCGGUGCAAAAUCUGGCAAGAACGUGCGCAAAGGCGGUGAGUCCGAUGAGGACAUCAAGGAGAUGGACCCAGAGAUGGCGAAGCAAGUGUUGGAGGGGACGGAGAGCAACUGGAGCAAGGAGGACACGAAGAUCCUUGUCGACUACAUCUGCCGCGAGGACGUCUUCGAGGACUUCAAGCUCAAGAAGGAUACACACACCGUCAAGAUUGCUCAGGAUCUUUUGAAUAACCGCAAGACAGCUACUCAAGUGAAGUCCCGGUGGAAAUACCUUUUCCGCAAGUACAUGGCUGCACGGAGAUUGGAAGAACAUACCGGCGGUGGCGAUGGCGACGAAAGCGAAAUGGAGGCUCUCGGUAGUGACAUGGAGUCGAAGGUUGGCGUUAAGCGCCCAUUGUCGAAGAGUUCCAGCAGCCAAUGGUCCCGCGAGACGCUGGAGGAAUUCCGCGACUCAUACAUUUAUAUGGUUAUUGACACCGUUGCGCACGAUCAUCCUGAAGUGGUUUGCGAUGAUCCAUUGAACGAGGCGACCUCACUCUCCGACAGCGAAGAAUCGAGUAUCCCCCCUCGCAAGUGUAUUCAUCGUGAGGGUUCGGAGGAAGAUAUGCUCAAGUCACUUGUAGACAGCAUCAAUGCUCGGACCAAGAGCAAGACCAAGCUUGAGGAGCGGGAGCUUCAGAUACGCGAGGCACAGGCAAAGCACGAGGAAGAGCUUCAUCGGAUCCGUGUGCAAGAACUUGAGUUGCAGCAGUGGGUUAAGGUGAAAGAAUUCCUUGAGUCACCUGUCGCUGCUGUUCAGGAGUUCGGCAAGAGAUUGGCUGCGCAGUUGGAUAAACGUAAGGAGGGUGACCGUGAAUGA